UCACGUGCAGCCUGCGAACGAGCCCCCGUUUCGACUGACGUUUGAACUUUGACCCGUUUCAUUUGUUUGCUACUGUAAUUAACGCGGUUGUAUCCGCAGUAAUUCAGUCGCCGUAUUGCUAAUAGUCGAAUUUAAAAGUGUCUCGGAGAGAUUCAGAGACCGCGAGGCAGCAUGCUGUUGCUUUAGCCACCGGGAAAUCCUUAAAUUGGCACGUUUGUUAACGGGGUUUGGCUCCGGUGGUGUCGGGAGCUGUGCACCUGCAGAGAUACGACUGAUAGUUACAAUCAGACUUUAGAGAAAUAAAAAAAAGGACCAAACGGUUGGUUUAAUGGUAUGAAAUAAUUAAUAUAAGCUGUUGUAAAAUGAGUUAAACGUUGCAAAUAAUGACGUCUAUUAAUUCACUGGACCGAUUUUGUUUGCCUUAUUUCAAGGUGCACACCCUGCUGUAUCCGGGUGUCCUCACCGGGAUGGGCGGAACCAAUUUGCUUUUGGUCUCAUGACAAACCUCGGCUAACUUCCUCAACGAGGCAAACUUAUGUGGCUACUUAUUAAUGAUUUGAGGGUUUUUUAAUCUUUAGCAUUGUCAGUAAUGAUUGUUCUUUUCCUCAUGUCGUCGAUUUAAAACAUAUGAUUCAUUUCAGGCCCAGCCAAAGAAGGACGCGUCUGCAGGUCGCCAUGGAUACGCAACCGUUUGGUCUGAGCCUGGACGCAGGUGACCGGCUGGAGGGGGAUGCUGCGGGACUGCUGGAGGGGGAUGCUGCGGGACUGCUGGAGGGGGGAGUCACCCAGGACAACACACACACACACGUGCACGAUCUCUUUCACGAAGACGCACAGGUCUUGCAGCAGUCCAGCCAGCCGUGGUGGAGGAUCAAAGUGUUUGUGUGGGAGCCGGUGCUGUUCGGCACCUGGGACGGAGUUUUCACCACCUGCAUGAUCAAUAUUUUCGGUGUGGUUUUAUUCCUGCGCACUGGCUACCUGGUGGGGAACACCGGCGUGCUGCUCGGGAUGCUCCUGGUGUCCUCGGUGGUGCUGGUUGCUUUGGUGACAGUGAUGUCGGGGAUCGGAGUGUGUGAGCACUGUGGUAUCGGAAGUGGAGGAAUCUACUCCAUGAUCUCCACCGUCCUCGGCGGCAGGGUCGGGGGCACCAUGGGCCUCCUUUAUGUGUUUGGACAGUGCGUGGCCGGAGCCAUGUACAUCACGGGUUUCUCUGAGUCGGUGGCGGAGCUGAUGGGUCUGCAGAGCCAGUGGGCCGUGCGUGGCAUGUCGGCGGCGGUGCUGCUGGCCCUGCUCGGGAUCAACCUGGCCGGGGUCAAGUGGAUCGUCCGACUGCAGCUGCUACUGCUGGCUGUCCUGGCCGUGUCGACGCUGGACUUUGUCGUUGGCACUUUCACACACCUUGACCCAGAUCAUGGUUUCGUUGGUUAUUCAGCAGAGCUGCUCAGCAGCAACGCAAAGCCAGAUUACACCCCGGGAGAAAGCUUCUUCACGGUAUUUGGCGUCUUCUUCCCUGCUGCUACAGGGGUAAUGGCAGGCUUCAAUAUGAGCUCGGAUCUUCAGCGGCCUGAACACAACAUCCCUGUGGGAACGCUGGCAGCUGUCUUCACCUCGUGGUUCCUGUAUCUGGUCUUUGCCUUCCUCCUGGGGGCCAUCUGCACCAGAGAAGCUCUGCGCUAUGACUUCUUGAUAGCAGAAAAGGUCUCCUUGGUGGGUUUCCUCUUUCUGCUGGGCCUCUACAUCUCCUCCCUGGCUUCCUGCAUGGGCGGCCUGUACGGAGCACCCAGGAUCCUCCAGUGCAUCGCCCAAGAGAGGGUCAUCCCAGCUCUGGCGUGUCUGGGAAAAGGGAAAGGCCCGAACAAGACCCCGGUGGCUGCCAUCUGUCUGACCAGCCUGCUGACCAUGGCCUUCAUUUUCAUUGGCCAGGUCAAUGUCCUUGCGCCCAUCGUCACCAUCAACUUCAUGCUCACCUACAGCUUCAUCGACUACUCCUACUUCAGCGUGGCCAUGACCUUUCAGCUGCAGAGCAAAGAGAAGAGGGAUGUCCUCACCCUGGCCGGAGGAAACCGACGCAGGUCCACCAGGCAGAGCUCCAGGCCGCUCAUUGAAGCCCCUCUCCCCAACUAUGGGAGUGGAGGCGAGAGUUCCCAGAGCAAAGGCACGUUGUCGGAGUUCACCAAGGACAUGGAUCAGAUUUUUCCGCCAAAUGUUGAUGCGGGGGCCGAGAGGGCCUCCUGUGUGCGCGCGCUGAGCAGCCGAGGCAAGAGCAGGAAGGCCACUGCCAAGCAGAAGCUGCUGGACAGCUUCGGUUUGGACCUGAACAGCAAUAUGUUCUCGGAGGAGAAUGGCGAGGAGAUGAGCUCAGCUCCGCCGUGCGAGGAAGCCAAGGUGCAGCCCGGAAGCGGUGAGCUCGGCGCUGGGGACGAGCCACGGGUCAAAACCCGUGCAAAAUUGUUCCAUGUGGAAGAGGAUUCGUCUGCUGAGCCUCGCAGUCACGGCACAGGUGAUGAAAGUAAAGCAGAUCACCAGAGCUUUGAAAUCAAACCCAUGCAGGAUUCGUUCUAUGCAAACUUCUGCAACCACUGGAUUGCUCUUAUCGGGGCAUUGAGCUCUUUACUGAUCAUGUUUGUUAUCCAGUGGGUCUAUGCCCUUGCAAACAUUGUCAUGGCACUGCUGCUCUUCUUCUACAUCGGGAAAGUGAGUCCUGGACUUCACACAGGUAUCGCAGCUCGAUUCAGCUUUUUCACAUGGCUCAAAACGACGCUGAACAGCAUUUGCAGGGGGACAGGACCUCCCCGGGAUGAGGUCGUGGUGACACCCUCUCUGACCGGGGUCGGACUGAGAACCAGGCAGCUGACGGAGGAAAAUGCCGACUUUGCCUCGCGUCACCGCUAUCACCAAUCCUCGUUCAUCAGGCCUGACAAGAUGGUGCAACCACCGCUGCACUGACUGAAUCGAACGCUCCCUCUGUUACAUGUCAUCUAGCCGACGGCCUGAAACCCUUCUGCCUCAAAGCGUGUCUCACGUCGCCCUCUGGGCCACUGUGCUCCAACUGUGACAUUCGGCGGCUCCACUCAUUCCCUGGAGAUGGUUGGAGGAAAUGUUUUUUCGAGCGUAGCAAUAAGUGUUUGGGUGUUGGGACUGAAUGUAGCUGGAGUUCGUAGGUUUUUUUCUUCUUCUAUAAAACUAAACUGAAAAAGUUAAAGUCAUUUAUUGUGUUCUUUUAAACUUCAUGUCUUUAACUUUGACUGAAAACGUUCACUAUCCCAGACAACUCUCGCAGGGUUUUCUACUGGUCACUGCUGGGUCACUCCCAAGUGGUGCAGCCACCACGCUGCUGAUGUGGCAUGAAUAUCCUGUGUACAUGUGACACAACGGUUUAAUAUGAACCGUAUAUUUUUUUAAUGCUGAAACACGUUGCCAAAUAUGAAUUCCUCAAACCAAGAAGUGUUGUCAUAAGACAGUGACAAAGCAUUUAAAACACUGUGGUGGUUUCCGAGUGGAUCAAACAUUGAAGUUUUCUCCUUUUUGAUUUGGACCUGUAUCAUCUUGUUGAGUAUAGCCCUUGUUGAAAAAAAAAAAAUAUUAGAUUGUGAUUCAAGCAUCAAAUUAGUUGACAUGAAUUGGAGACAGUAUUUCAUACAUUCCUUGUAAUGCAUGUUGUGGUCAUGUUGUGUCGGUGGACUGUGUUUGUUACAUGUUCUUGCACAAAGCUUCACCAAGCUGCGGAAACCACUUCCUCUCAGCGUUUAGUUCCUUUUCAACUCGACAUAACUCCAAGUGGUUUGGGCAUCAGAUACCGUAGUUCUCAGCCUUGGAGCUCAUUGACUCGUCUCUCUGCAGCUUCUUCUCACAACCACCCUCACCGUUUCUCAUCGAGACCAACGUGUCAGUGAAACUGAUUUAUGAAGUUCAGUUCAGGUGCGAUGGGCCUGGAACGUCAGUUGUGUUAAUGAAAUACACGUGCGGGCCAGGACUGAACAACAUGCACUGUAAGUCAUCUUGUCAGCCUGUAAAACACGUGUCACUCAUGUCCUCCAUAAAUUUCACCUUAUGGCACUCGUGAUUUUUCCAGAUUUUCAGCCAGAGAUCACAAGUGUGCGUCCAGUAACUCAGCGUGGCUCCAGCUAACACCUGGAUUCAGUAACUGACACGUGGGAAGCGUUUCUAGUGGGAUGUGUUGGGAGGUGUUAAUAUCAACAGGAUUCUUUGUUUAUUUGCGUUAAUCAUUCUAAUGACCUGCUUCCUCAAUCCAACCAUUUGUCCCCAGCCUGGGGGGGAUUUCCUGUGCUUUAAUUUUUGUUUCUUCAUUGCAUAAAGCAGGACUAUGAAACCCAUAUCCCAGAUACUGGCCGAUACUUUAACCUUUUUCCCCCCCAAGGGAUA